UUAUCUCAAACACAAACACAAGCUGAACAUACAAAUGGCUGCUACCAGCAAGCAGCAGGAUGCUUCUCCGUCCUCUCACCGGUGCACUUAUGAUGCAUUCUUGAGCUUCAGGGGCACAGAUACACGCAAGGGAUUUACUGAUCACCUCUACAGGGCUUUGGAGGUGGCAGGGAUCCACACUUUUAGAGAUGAUGAUGAAAUCGAGAGAGGAGCAAAUAUUUCAGCAGAGCUUCAAAAAGCAAUACAAGAGUCUCGAGUAUCCAUCAUUGUCUUCUCCAAGGACUACGCUUCCUCGAGAUGGUGCCUGGAUGAACUAGUCACGAUCAUGGACCGUAGAGAAACUAAUGAGCACAUGGUUAUGCCGAUUUUCUAUGAUGUGGAUCCAUCCCAUGUCAGGAACCAGACAGGAAUUUUUGAAGAAGCAUUUGCCAGACACCAACAGCGCUUCAACAAGGAGAUGGACAAGGUGGAGAAGUGGAGAAAAGCUCUCAGAGAUGUUGCAGAUUUGGGAGGGAUGGUUUUAGGAGAUCGGUACGAGUCGCAGUUUAUCCAAGAUAUAGUUGAAGUUAUUGGAAAUAAACUGGAUCACACAUGGAAUAGGAGAUUAAGAGUCGAUCCCUAUGUAGUUGGAAUAGAUGAUCGUGUGAAAGGCCUAAACAUGUGGUUAGAAGAUGGAUCAAGUGAUGUUGGAGUAGCUAUAGUCUCUGGGAUGGGUGGAAUUGGCAAAACCACCAUUGCCAAGACUGCUUAUAACAAGAACUUCUAUAAAUUUCAAGGUAGCAGCUUUCUUGCAGAUAUUAGAGCAACUUCAAAACUUCCCAAUGGUUUGGUUCACUUGCAAAGGAACCUUCUUUCAGAUCUCCAAAAGGGGAAAGCAAAGAAAAUAUACAGCUUGGAUGAAGGAAUAACAAAGAUCAAACGGGUGAUACGUUGCAAAAGAGUUCUUAUUGCUCUUGAUGAUGUGGACAACUUGGAACAAUUCAAUGCAAUUCUUGGAAUGCUAGAAUGGCUUCAUCCAGGAAGUAAAAUAAUCAUAACAACUAGACAUGAACAUUUGUUAAAGGCUCAUGAGAAUUAUGCAAUGUUUAAGGUGGAAGAGUUGCAUGAGUAUGAAUCACUUGAGCUUUUCAGUUGGCAUGCCUUUAGACAACCCCAUCCUGGCGAAGGUUACAUGGAUCUUUCAAGACCUGUAGUGCAACACUGUGGAGGGGUUCCAUUAGCUCUUCAAGUUCUAGGAUCUUCUCUCUUUGGAAAAGCUGCAGAUGUAUGGAAAAAUGCAUUACAGAACUUAGAUGUGAUUACUGAGGGAAAAAUUCAGAAGAUUCUCAGAAUAAGCUUUGAUUCUCUGCAAGAUCAUGACAAACGUCUGUUCCUCCAUAUAGCCUGUUUCUUCAUAGGAAAAGACAAGGAUUUUUCAACUACAGUCCUUGAUGAAUGUGAGUUUGCCACAAACAUUGGAAUUCAAAAUCUGGUUGAUAGAUGUCUGCUGAUAAUUGAUGGAUUCAACAAGUUAACCAUGCACCAAUUACUUCAAGACAUGGGAAGGGGAAUUAUUCGCGAAGAAUCGCCUGAGGAUCCUGGAAAACGUACUAGAGUGUGGAAUAAAGAUGCUUCUAAUGUUUUGAGAAAAUUAACUGGUACAGAAACUAUUAAGGGCCUCAUGCUCAACAUUCCUAUGUUAAUAAAAGAUGAGUCUUCUAAGAUAAUAUCCAGUGGAAGUAACAGAAAAAGAUUCCAUGUGGAAGAUUAUGAUGGAAACUGUUCAAGCAGCCGACGUCGGCUUGGUUUCUUCUCCUGGCAGUCAAUUAGUUUUUCUUCAACAAACUCAUUUCCUGUAUCAAAUGAGAUGGGUUUCAAAACAGAGGCAUUUAGAAGGAUGCACAAUCUUGAACUCCUGCUGCUUGAUAAUGUAAAAAUCAGUGGAGGCUUUGAAGAUUUCCCAAAAAAUUUAAUAUGGUUGUCUUGGCGAGGAUUCGCUUUAAAGUCAAUACCAACCAAUUUUUACUUGGAAAAUCUAAUUGCUCUUGACUUGCGGAACAGCGGCCUCCAACAUGUUUGGAAGGGAACUAGGGUAUGCUACUAA